AUGUCUAAACUUUUGCUCUUGUUCAUAUUCUCUGUUUUUUUCGUAAUUACCUUGAAAGCGGAGAAAAACUGCGAUAAAGAGGAUAAAGAUGAUGAGAAAAAAGUCUUGAAAUUGACCUCGCCAGCUCGAAUAAAAGAAGUGAUCGUGACGGCGAAUGCACCUCGACCACGAAGAAUCUAUGUACAUGCUCAAAAGCCGAGAGUACCCGUGCCGACCAGUGGAGGAGUUCAAGAAAAGAAAAGAGAGCCGAAAAAAGUGGCUGGAGGUCACGUUCUCCCAAGGGAUCACAGAAUCGCGCAAAAGGAAGGGAAACGACGGAAGAUUCGUGUCACAAAGCAUCGCUUCCAUCACUCAAAAGCUCAUCAAAACAAAGGAAUAAAGGCAACUGUCAAUCGUCCGAGUCGAGACGUGGCCCAUGCGGUGAACGGUCCACUCGUUUCACACGGUCAUGGCCCUCAUGGAGGACCUUACACUCCU